AUGGCCCUGCCCCCUGCCCCAGCGAACCCAAUCCCCGCCGCCGCCGACACCGAUCAGAUCAGCCUCCUCCCCGACUGCAUCCUCACUACCAUCCUCUCGCUCCUCCCCCUCCCUAUCCUCGCCACCCACCGUGGCAACGCCGCGCGGUUCGACGUCCUCCUCGCCCGCCCCUCGGCCGCCGACCUCGACUCCUGGCUCCGCUCCCUCGCCGCCAAGCACCUCCAGGAACUCGUCCUCCGGCCACCCGACGUGCCUCUGCGGCUACCACCGUCACUCCUCUCCUGCCGUUCCCUCCGCUCCGCUGAGCUCACCAACUGCCGCCUCCCCGAGGAUGCCUCCGCCGCCACCGCUGGCGAAGUCUACUUCCCCCACCUCGCCGAGCUCACCCUCCGCCUCUCGCGGGCCCCCUCCGCCGCCACCCUCCGCGGCCUCCUGGCCGGCUGCCCCGAGCUCGCGAGCCUGUCGCUCGACCGGGUCUUCGGCUGCCGGACCCUCUGCGUGCGGUCCCGGGGCCUGCGCAGCCUCACGGUGUCGGUCUCCCUGACGCGGCAGCGCGUCCUGGAGGGCGCUGAGGAGCUGGAGCACCUCGUUGUCGAGGACGCGCCCGCCCUGGAGAGGCUCCUCGCGCACGACAUCAACUGGGGCCCAUCGAUAAAUAUAGUGCAUGCGCCGAGGCUGCAGAUGCUCGGCUAUUUGGGGGUCGGGAUCCCGGAGCUGCAGCUUGGCUCCGCAUUGUUUCGCUCGAUGCACGCUGUUAGACUGGCGGCGGAGUUCCGGUGCGUGAGGACGCUUGCUCUGGAGAUGGCGGAUCCGCAGGUGAAGCAUGUGGCGGACUUCCUCCAGUGCUUCCCCUGCUUGGAGACACUCUAUGUCACGUCUCACAUGGUUGUUCCCCAGAGCAUGGAAAUACUGAAUUAUGAGAUGGAUGAUCCCAUAGAGUGCCUCAACUAUUGUCUCAAGACAGUGGUGCUGAAAGGUUACAGAGGGCGAAAGCAUGAGAUCCUGCUGACUAGUUGGGAUAUUGAUAUUGCCAUGAUAAUGCAGAAGGGCACCACACUUCUGUUCAACUUGUUCUUUGAGUGA